CUUGGAAUGCGAUUGUACCGUUGCUAAGAUUAUUUGUGACCUAGACCUCAGCCAAGACAGAAGUGUUCGAAAUCGCGGUGCUAGUAGUGAAUAAAAAAGAUAUUAAUAGUAAAGACGCAGAUUUUGUUAGUCUUUUUAUUAAUUAGUUUCUAUUAUUCCUAGUCACUUGAAUAAUUUUUGAAAGUGCAAACAGAAAGUGUUUAGACAAGAAGCAAACGAGUCGUGAAUUUUUAUUUGCAAUUCCCCAAUUGCCCUUUGUGUAGAGGAUUACUCGAACCAUACCAAAUAUCCGUUGAAAUGAAGAGUUUAAUAUUUGCUAUUUUAAUUAUCGGUUUCGAGACGAUUUCGGCACAACAGCCCUACUACCUCCAACAAUGCCCUAGGGACGAGAACGUAGUGAAUGAAUGUCUAAAAAGCAGUGGAAAUCGUCUGGUAAAAUAUCUACGGGAGGGAGUUCCCGAAUUAGAUAUUUAUGAAGUGGAGCCAGUCAUCAUUGACGAGAUUGGAAUUAUGCUAGGAAGUGGACCAGAUGGAUAUCGGGCUGUCUUCCGAAAUAUUGAAGCGUAUGGAGUGAGCAAUUUAACUGUUACCAAUGUGAGAUCUGAUAUUGAUUCACUUCAGUUCCAACUUACCUUAGAAAUUCCAAAGAUCAAAGUUCGAGCAAAAUAUCAAUCAUCUGGAAUUUUAAUUCUAGUCCGUGCUUCUGGAUCUGGAGACUAUUGGGGAGAAUAUGACGGAGUAAAGGCUAAAGUGUACUUCAAAGCUAAUGGUCAACCAAACGAAAAUGGCCUUACCUAUUUGUCCCUUGAGAAUAUUAAAAUGGAUUUCAGCGUAAAAGAUAUCCGAAUGGGAGUGGAAAAUAUCGCAAAUGAGAACGUUGUGAUUAAAGCUGCACUGAAUCUUUUCAUAAAUACAAAUGCCCAGGAUCUCCUUAAGGAAAUGAAACCAGCAUUGAAGAGUAAACUCUCGUUAGUUAUAGGCAACUUCAUGGAACGGUUAUUUAAAAAAAUCCCCUUAGAACAUUGGCUCUAUUAAUUUAUUUUAUAAGUUUUCAAAGAACUCACUAGAAAUGUAAGAUUGUUACUUCAUGUAGUUAAUUCGAAGUAUGGAAAGUUUCUUGAUUUGCUACGUUUAUUCAUUAGAUUGACUCUCUAUUAAAUAAAUUAUUAUUUUUUUGUUGGUUUUGUAAA